GCCCGGAGACGGAGUACAGGAGCUGCUUCUGGCGGCUCGGCAUCAUGGCGGCAGGGAGGACGGAGGCUUAGCCCCGCCCCCUCCUCCCCUCGGAGACCUGGAGCGUGAUGACGCAGCAGCGCCUCAGCACGUCAGACGCUGUGUGCAGGGUGAAGUGUGCGUGAGGGCUCAGACCGAGCGGACAGAGCGCAGCAGAAUGAGUGUGUCGUUGGUGUUGCUCCUCAGCAUGGCGGUUGGCAUGGUGACGGUCAGCCCGGUGGUCACCUGUGGCAACGCACGUGGCGACCCAGCUCCUCUCGGCGAUGUACGGCAGCCUGUCGUCUCCAACUUCCCUGAGCCGUACCCCCGGCACUCAGCGCUGCGCUGGAACAUCAGCGUCGCCCCCGGUUACAGGCUCCGCCUCUACUUCAGCCACUUCCACCUGGAGCCCUCCUACCUCUGCCAGUACGACUACGUCCAGGUAGAGGCUGAUGGGGAGGUCCUGGCCCUGUUCUGUGGUCUGGACCAGACUGAUACGGAGGACGUCCCGUCUCUGAAGAUCAUCUCGUCUCCCAGGAACUCUCUCAGCGUCUUCUUCUGCUCCGACUUCUCUGAUGAGGAGAGAUACACGGGCUUCCUGGCUCACUACAGCGCAGAGGAUGUGGAUGAGUGCAGUGAGCGGAGCGAUGAAGAACUCGUCUGCGAUCAUUUCUGUCACAACUUCAUCGGAGGAUACUACUGCUCCUGUCGCUAUGGUUACCUGCUGCACUCGGACAACCGCACCUGCACAGUGGAGUGCAGUGACGGUGUGUUCAGGGAACGCUCCGGUGUUCUGAGCAGCGUAGACUUCCCGUCUCCGUACCCAAAAAGCUCCGACUGUUCCUACCGGAUAGAAGUGGCGCCAGGCUUCAGGCUCCGCCUCCAGUUUGACCCUCGCUUUGAUGUGGAGGAUCACCCUGAAGUACUCUGUCCCUAUGACCACGUCAAGGUACACACACACACACACACACACACACACACACACACACACACACACAGA